CGGCGGCGGCGUCAAUCAAACGUUUGCCGCGCUUGCAGUCGGUUGUCGCAACGGUACUUCCCUCUGGAUCUCGCAUGUGCAAAUAGUGGGCGGUCCGUGAGUUUCGGCCACUACGUCAUAAUCGUAAUCGAGGCAUCGUCAUCGUAUCGUUACCGUUUUACCGUUAUAAGCAGCCAUGUCGUGCUUCGUUAUAUUAGCCGUUGCAGCGCGCAGAAAGCGAUAAAGUAGGAAAAAACCAAAAUUGCAAACUUGUUACGCAUUUUAUAAGGUUUUUCCGCAACACAAAAAAAAAAGAAAAGAAAAAGAGAAAACCAAACAAUAACAAAAUACGUUUCGUGUUCGCGCGCGCGUGUGCUUGUAUUUGUGUUUGUGUGUGUGUUGUGUUUACAUGAGCCCGUGCCCGUGCCUGUGUGUGUGAGUGCAAAAUCCAAAAGAAAAAGGAAAAAGUAAAAGCAUAGAAACACACUAAAACGAAGAAAACAAAGAAAGAAAAAAACACACCGUUUUUACACACAGUGCAUUUGAAAGUAGCAAUCCAACAGGUGUAAAUAAUUGAGGGCAAAAACUUGGCCCUUAUGACUGCUGCCUCUCUUACGCUGUAGUACUUCGUAGCACCUUGAAGCCUGUACGUGUGUGUGUUAAUUUGAUCAAAAAGCCAGCAUCGGGACAACCACACAACGGCAAUAUGUUCGUGCCUUGCAGCGGCAGCAAUCACAACAAUUUGCAACAGUUGUUGUCGCAACAGAACAUAAAUUUGCAUUUUUUCAUUAACUUAAAUGACAUCAAUCUAGAUUAAAGCCAAUCAAAAGAGACACUCAAAAAGUUAUAGGACUCAAAAACUAAACAAUGGCAGCCACAGCAACUGUCAGCAGUCACGUGGAGGCGAAAGAUGGAAAAGUGGAUUUGGUGUGUGAGGAGUGCGAUUAUUAUGGCUCGACAGCCACGAUACUUAUCGACAGCAGCACACAAACGGAUGGCGAUGAUGAUGAAGAUGAGGAUGAUGAAUCGGAGGUCAAACCCAUUAGGACCAAAUUAGCUCAAAUUGUGGAGGAAGCUGAAGCUGAAGCGGAGACGGAAGUGGAGGCAACAGCCACACCAGCAAUCAAUGGUGUACGAAAUAAUGAAGCUAUUGAAAACCACACAAAUAUCGAUAUUAUGCACAUUGAUAACAAUAUCGAUAGUGUUACAUGCAAUAAUAAUAUAGAAUGUAUACAAAAUGAUAACAAUAGUGAAAACAUACCAAACGGUGACAACAUCAAUGGUUUAGAUAACGAUAACAACAUCGAUAUUAUAGAACAGAAUGUCGUUAGUGAUGGACAAGUUUUGGAGGAGCCAAAUAUUGAUGAUGUCGAAGGACACAUUCCAAACUCCACUGAAGAACAUGAAGAUGAAGUGGAACCAGAGCUGGUUGAGGAAGCGGUGCAAGAAGAGGAGCAAGAAGUGGAACCAGAGCAAGAACAGCCUGAGGAAGAUCAGAUCGAUAAUGUGGCCCGUCUGACAGGACUUGCUCUAGAGAUGGGCUAUGCACGCAUCAUAGACUACGAUAACUUUCGCAUUAUCGAACAUGUCAUCGAGAGCGAUGAUGAUGAUGAGGGGGAUGUUGGUGUUGUCCAAGGACCGGUCGCGGGCACAUCACAAGAACUGCAGCAGGCCUGCCACGAUUUGGUGACUUUCAUCGGUGAAAGUUAUCAGGUAAUCGAUCGAUCAGGCAAUCACACCCAUUACCAAUCGCCAGCAAACAUUCCAAUAGUCGAUAACAACAACAAUAAUCGCAGUAACGAUAAUCGUGUCUCAGCCCCGGGUCGUAAACAACCGCAUGGAAUGGAUUUACUGGAGCAACUAAAUCAAAAUCCCUCCACAAGCAGCACAGCCGCUGUGGCAGCAGCAGGGGGAUCAGCAUCCACAAGCAGUGCAUUGAUUAAGGCAUAUAAAUCGAAUCUGACACCAUUGGCGCCACCCUUUCAGCCAGCCGCCCUGAAGGCCAAACAGCAGUUGCAACAAUCGGCAGUGGGUGCAACAACCACCAGCAACAUGUCACUUACAACAACAACCACAUCGCAGAGCGGCACUGGCACUGGCACCAGCACCAGCACGCUUUAUGCUGCUUAUGAGCAGACAACAGUCUACUAUCAGCAGCAAAUGCUGCAGCCACCACAGCAGCAGCUUCAGCUCCCACUCUUGCAACAGCAACAGUUGUCCCCGAAGCAGCAGCAGCAGCAGCAACAACAACAGCAACAUUGUGCUCAACAUGGCGGCAUGCCACACAUUCAUUUGCCAGCGGGUACGGGAAAUGGCGCCCAAUUGCUGCCUGUGCAAUUGAUUACCUUGACGCCAACAGCAGGAGGUGCUGCAGCCGUGGCAGCUGCAACAGCAGCAGCAACAGUAGGUGCAGCCGCCCCCACAGCAGCAACAGUGGCUGCGGCAGCAGGAGCUGUGGCAGUGGCAGCUCCGACAGCGGCAACAUCUUUGACUGGCGCCGCUUGGCCACUUGUGGAGGCGCCAAUUUACAUAGACAUCAAUGGGGAAUAUCGUAGCUUUUGCCCGGCACAUGGACCACCAGCAGGGACAGGGCCAAAUGGCGCCAUAUCCCAUCACCAUCAUCAUGCCCAUGCCCAUCCACACGCACAUCAUCCCCAUCCACAUGCUCAUGCCCAUCAUCCCCAUCCCCAUCUGGCACAGCAGCAGCAACAGCAACAUCUUCAUCAUCAGCAACAGCAGCAGCAGCAGCAGCUUCAUCAUCAUCAUCAGCAACAUGGGCAACAUCAGCAACAUUCGGCGGCAGUGGCUGCUGUGACAAAUGCAGCAGCAGCAGCAGCCGCCGCAGCAGCCUCAGCUCCUCGUUUGUUGCUGCAACUGGACGUUGCAACUGUCCAGCAACAGCAACAGCAGCAACAACAACAACAGCAACAACAGCAGCAACAAAUCGUUGCCGCUGGCAAACGCAGCAAAGUUUAUCGAGGUAAGCAACUAUCAAAGAUGAUUACAUAUACGAACCGUUUCGGCGUAAAGUGUCCCGCAACCGUUCAAAUGGUUUCCCAGAGUCGACCGCCGCCACCGAUGACGGUGCCCGUCCAGGUGCCGCAGUACGUCAAUGAGAAUGGAACUGUGACCCACGUGAUGCUGUCGCCGCAGCAAUACCAACAGCUCCAUCCCGGACAGGGACACCUGCAUCCACCGCCAUUCAUAAGCGCCAAUGGUACAUCGCAUUUCUAUACGCCGGCCAUGGCCGGCUACCCUCCAGGUCCUGCUGGCAAUGGACCACCGCAUUAUCAAAUGCCGCCUCCACAGGGUGCGCCACAGCAGCAGCCACCGCCCAGUGUAGGAGGUGGAGGUGGACCACCGCAGCCUGUAAAUGCGGCACAGCAGCAGCAGCAGCCACCGCCAGCAGUCCACACACAUUCCCCGCACUCGCCGUCGCCGCCCAACUAUCGGGAUGAGCGCAGCCAGCGGCAACAUACGAAGCUGCUGCGGAAACUGGAGAAGCAAAGGGAGUCCAAUCCCACGCCCACACAUUCGCCUUCGUUGCGCGGUGUCAACGAUCUGAAUGGCCAUCACACCAACAACAAUAAUAACAACAACAUUCCGGUGGGUGUGCUGCCGCUGCCACCGCACCUCAACAAUCACAACCAUCACAUGAACAGCAACAACAACAACAACAGCAAUCACUUGCACAACAACAACAAUCAUGUGCGUCGCCUCGCCCAGCAGCAACUGCUGCAGCAGCAGCAGCAGCAGCAACAACAACAGCAACAGCUGCAGCAGCCGCAGAGGAACGGCAAUCCCAAUGCCAUUCCUCAAGGAACAGCCACGCCACUGCCCCAGCGAACGGGCAGCAGUGUGGGUGGCGCCAGUUCGGUGGGCACAUCCGAGGAUGGCGAAGACAAUUCCAGCUUGGCCGGAGAGGAUGAGGAGGACUACCAGUCGACGAUUGUGGAGCAAAUCUCGGCCAUUGAGAAGCCCGAGGUGAUUGAUGUGACCUCGCGAGCAGCGAAAAUCAUCUGGGAAUCGCCCGUCAUCACAGAUGCCUUGCUCAUCAAUAUGCGCGACCUGCGCUACCAGGUUCUGCUCAGCGACUCGGGCAAACAGUGCAAAUACAAGAGUCUCUAUCGAGGCGAGGCAUACGAGUGCAUUGUGCAGGAUCUGCAGCCGGGACAGGACUAUCUGGUGCGACUGCAGGUGCACUACCAGAAGCUGCAGGGCACUGUCAGCGAGCCAACAGAGUUCCGCACCCCAGCCUGUGAGCCGGACCAGCCUCUGCCCCCUAAGCUGGUGUCCCGCACCAAGAGCUCCAUCAAUCUGCGCUGGGCUGCACCGCCGGCGAAUGGCGCGACCAUUCAGCACUAUCUGCUGGAGUACGACGAGGGCAAGGGCCAGCCCAUAAAGUUCGUGGAGCUGGCCAAGAUCAAGGCCAAGCACUAUGUGAUCAGCAAGCUGCAGCCCACGACUGUCUACAGCUUCCGUCUGGCCGCCGUCAACGAGGUGGGCCAGUCCCUGUACUCGCCCAUCAGCAGCUACAGCACCGCUGGCAAUCCCCCGGCGGCGCCCAAGCCCCCGCAGCUGCACUCGAGCAGCCCCAGUUCGCUGAAGCUGUUCUGGGAGCGGCGCACCCAGGAUGGGGACUUUCUGCUGCAGCUGCAGGAUGCAGAGUCCGGACACGGCUACCUGAACACCUACAAGGGUACCGAUCUCCACUACGAGUGCCUACAGCUGCGCCGUGCGUGCAGCUACCAGUUCCGUCUCAGGUCCGAGAACGAGGCCGGAGUCUCGCCGUGGUCGCCAGAGGUUAGCUACCGAACGGCCGCCGAGCGUCCGGGCAGGCCGGGCAAGCCGAGUGCCAAGGGCAAGAUCCAUGGCACCCACUUCAAGGCGCGCUGGGACACGCCCGCAGACACUGGUGGAGCGAGCAUCCUUCGCUACCAUCUGGAACUGAGCUCGGGGCCUGUGUUCGAGCGCAUCUACAGCGGCUCCGAGUCCGAGGCCAUGUGCGAGCGCCUGCAGCCCGGGACCACCUAUCAGCUGCGUGCCUGCUGCGAGGGUCCCGCCGGUCAGAGUCCCUACUCGGACAUCGGACAUGUCACCACAGAGGCUGUGGCCCCGGCGGCUCCACCUCCACCGUACUCCAGUGACCCGCCCUCGCCGUAUGCAGCACUCCUGAAGCUCCAUCAGCCUGAAUACAAUGGCGGCGCCCCCAUCCUGGAGUUUGAGGUGCAAAUGCGCCGCUUGGAGCAAGUGCAGCCACCCCACAUCGUGUACAGAGGCAAGCAGGCGUACUUUGUGGCCCAGGAUCUGGUGCCUGGCGGCAUGUACGAGGUGCAGGUGCGCGCCAUCAAUCGCAUCGGAGCUGGCAACUGGUCCCAGUGGAUGAAAUUCAGCGCAGCAGCAGCCGCACCAGGUGUGCCCGAGGAGCUGCGCGUGCAGGUCAAGUCGGCCACACAUCUGAGCGUGAGCUGGCAGGCGCCUCUCCAGGACAACGGCGCCCCAGUCACCAACUACAUCCUGAAGAGUGCCAGCCAAGAGAAGCGCAACGAGGAGCAAGAGCAGGAGCCUCUGAGAGAGCCACCCAGCACGGAGUUCCACAACUGCUACCAGGGAGCGCUGACGUGCGCCGAACUGAGGAACCUCGCACCCUUCACACGCUACUUCUUCCGCAUCCUGGCCAGCAAUGCCGCCGGCUCUGGUACCGCCUCGGAUGUGGUGUGUGUGAGCACCCCGGCCGCUGUGCCCGGCGCACCUCAAAUGCAGGGCUACGAAUUCACAGCCCAAGAAGUGACCCUCAACUGGACCCAGCCGGCGGCGCAUGGUUCGCCAAUCUGCUCGUACAACAUCGAGUAUGGAGAGCGGACGAUUGCCACACCGGAUGCGUGCACCCGGUACACAGUGACGGGCCUGAUGCCCGAGACCAGCUACAAGUUUCGCGUUCAGGCCGUAAAUGCCAUCGGAGCCGGAGCAUUCAGUGCCUAUGCGAAGUUGACCACGCAGCCGGCGCCACCAGCUCCACCGCGCCUCGAGUGCAGCGGUGCGGGCCACAACUACAUCAAGCUGAAGUGGGGCGAGGGUGGACCGGGCGGCAAGACCAAUGGAGCAGCGGCCGCAGGUGGCGCUGACUUCACCAAGUACUUUGUGGAGAUGUACGUGAGCCGAGCGAAGCAGUUCCAGGCCGUCUACUCCGGCACCAAUUGCAUGUGCAAGGUGCACAAGCUGCAGGAGCGCAGCAGCUACACCUUCCGCAUCUACGCCCACACGGACAGGGCUGGCGAUGGCGACUACUCCGAGGAUUAUGUGUUCGAGACGAGUGCCACGCUGCCGGCCAACAUCAAGCCGCCGCGUGUCGUGCACGAGAACAGUGUGUGCCUGAUGGAUCUGCCCGGCCAGCUGGGCAUGCAGCUGACCCUCGAGUGGCAGCACUCGAAGAACUCCUUCCACGACCGUGUCGAGUAUGAGCUGCAGUACGCGGUGCUGGGUGCCGCCGAACUGGAAACGGAGACGCCCAAGGGUCGCAGCAGCAGUUCCAGCGGCAGUGCGAGCGGAGCUCCCCUUAAUCUGGCCAACCAGGACUAUCGUCAGCUGUACCGUGGCCCUGAGACAAAGUUCACCAUUGACAAUCUGGCUGCGGGCACCUGUUACCAGUUCCGCGUCUGUCCCGUGCGGAUAGCGUCCGGCGGAGAGCUUCUCUACGGCCAGCCAUCGAGUCCGUUGCGGUAUCAGGUGCCCAACGAGCUGGAUCCCAGUUCGGCCACCUGCCACCACCACCUGCACGGCUCCACGUCCCCCAAUACGGCCACACAGUCCUCGCAGCGUAGCAGCCGGAAGCUGUCGGCGGGUAAUGGCUCCACCAAUGGCCUGCACCUGAGGUCCGUAAGUGCCUCGGCCAUCAGUGGCAGCAGCGGCGUGGGAGCCGAUCCCCUGGCCAUUGGCCGGCUGCAGCAGGAGCUGUCGAACUUCAAUGCCUGCGGCGAUCCACUGCAUCACCAUCAUCAUCACCACCACCAUCAUCAUCAGCCGUGUGGCGGCGAUGGCAACGCAUCGUCUGGCUCCUCCACGGCGGGCUCCAGCUGUGCCGGCUCCAAUCUCCUUCUGCGCGGCAACCACAUGCAUCACCAGCACCACUUGCAUCACUCCCAUCACAUGCACCAUGCCCAUCAUCCGCACGGCGGUGGUGUCGUCGGCGCCAUCACCGGUAGCUCCUCAACGGCCAUCUCCGCAAGACUGGCCAGCCAGGGUGGCUCCCUGCGUCGCUUUGCGGCCAAGAUGACGUCGCUGUACAGCAACCGGAAGCGGCUGAGUGACCAGCAGAAGGCCGUCUGCAUUGUGGUUUCAUUCCUGUUCGUCACCAUCCUGGCGGCGAUGCUGGUCAACAUGUUGCGCGGCUAAAGUGACUCUCCAACUGUAAGCAUGCAAAUCGAAGCAAAAUCGAAAGAAAAAAGUAACAAAAAUGUGAAGAAAAAAAAAGGAAGGAAUAAAACAAAUGCACUUUAUGUAUGUCUCAAAGAAGUGAUUCAAACAAUUAGUUGUAAUUAUGUAUUUUUUAUAUAAACAAAAACAAAA